AUGGACUACGGGAGCAUUGAGCGCGAUUCCGUAGACGAUCUCCGGGAGAUCCCCAAGACGGUUCAGGAGGUCCUGAAGUUGGACUCCUGGACCAAUGAGAAGGUUCAUUACCUGACAUUUCGGUAUUUCUUGCUCAGCUUCUUGUUUGUGGUUCCUGGGGCCUUUGUUGAUACCAUGAAUUCUUAUAGAACGACCAGCGCUCCGUACAGCAUUCUGUUUGUACAAUUUUUGUGUGAUCCGGCUGGACAGUGGCUGGCCAAGGUUCUUCCAAACAAGGUGGUUCGUAUUGGCAGGUUUCGCUUUAAUCUGAAUCCUGGGCCCUGGUCGAUCAAGGAGUCGGUUUUGGUGACCUUGACCGCCGCUUCUGGUGCCACGGGAAACCAGGGAACUGCCGGUCUGUCUUUGGCAGAAGUGUUUUACAACAGAAAGGUCGAUCCAGUGGUGGCUCUGACGUUUAUGUACUGCAUUGUUUGGACUGGCUACUCUUUUGGAGCUAUAGCAAGGAACUUCGUCUUGUAUGAUCCGCAGUUUGUGUGGCCCAAAGCUUUGAUGCAGACAGCUCUAUUCAAGGCGCAAGAACACUCGGACAGGCGCUCCAACUCGCAGAUGCGCAUGUUCACCAUUGGCCUGGCCAUUAUGUUUGUGUGGCAGUUUUUCCCCGAGUUUGUGUUUCCACUGACCUCGUCGCUCGCGUUUCUGUGCUACAUGGCCCCAAACAACCACGUGGUGAACUUCUGGGGCUCAGGACUUGGCGGACUCGGGUUCAUGAACAUCUCGUUGGACUGGAGCAACGUCUCGUCCUCGGUGAUGCUUAGCCCAUAUUGGACCAUCGUGGUGCAGUUUUGCGGGUUCGCCCUCAUGUGCUGGGUGUUGCUGCCGUUUUUCAAAUGGUACGACCAUGGCAAGUUCUCUCUCGGACUCAUGGAUAAUAAAUUGCUUCUGGCAAACGGAACAGCGUACCCAACACUACAGCUAAUGACUCCCGACUUGCAACUCAAUGAAACAGCAUACCAUCUUUUAGGACCAGUUCAUUUUGGCACACAGCGACUGGCAAACAUCUUCUUCGACUACGCAGCAUACAUCAGUGCCAUUGUCUGGAUUGCCUGCUUUGGGAUUGACGAUCUCAGAAGCAGCUACCGAAGAUUGCGUUGCAGAUACACAAACCCAAGCCACAUGCAACACACAGACAGAAUCAACAAAAUCUACGCCAAGCACGAUGACGUGCCUAAUAGUUGGUUUGGGAUCUUGUUUCUAAUUAGUUUUGUGCUUCUGUCCACGGUCCUCUUGGCUACCGACCAGCUGUUCAUCCCAUGGAAGACCUACAUUGCUGCUUUGCUUCUUGGAGCAGUGAUUGUCACUCCAAUGGCUUAUCUGUAUGCGAUAUCAAAUUUCCAGCUUGCGAUCGGCACUGUCAAUGAACUGCUGUAUGGAUUGAUGAUGCAAACUCCAUUUUUCGCAGGAUCCAAUGGAAAACACCCCUGUGGAGCGUCCAUUUACGGAGCGAUCGCUGGUAACUGUUGGUAUCGUGCCCAGUACAUUCUCCAGGACCAGAAGAUCGGCAUGUACAACGACAUUCCACCGAAACUGGUGUUCUUCUCCCAGAUCUUUGGAGACCUGAUAGGAGUCCCGAUCAACUACAUGUCUCUACGAUGGGUCAUCAACUCUAAAUUCGAUUAUUUGAAAGGAGUGAAAGUCGACCCCAUGAGACAAUGGACAGGACAAGUAUUGACCAACUAUAACAGUAACGCAAUCCAGUACGUGUUACUCGGGCCAAAACGAGUCUUUGAACAUUAUCCUCUGUUGCCGCUUGGAUUUGUGGUCGGAGCGUUGGCUCCACUGUUAGUGUUCUGGAUUUCCAAGUACGCCAACCCACAGUUGGCCCGGAAAUUCAACGUCACAAUUCUUUUUUCCACAAUGUCGAAGUUCUACGGCAACAUCAGUACCGGAUACCUCACACAGUUCCUUGUGGGUACGUUCACCAUGCACUAUAUGUACAAUUACCGACACCAAUGGUUCCAGAAGUACAAUUAUGUGCUUGCUGCGGCCUUCGACACAGGCUUCAACUUGGCCAAUCUGGCCAUUUUCUGUUUCUUUGGGUCCAAGAACUCAUUCCAGUUCCCUGAAUGGUGGGGGAACGAUAGAUCGCAUUUGGAGAAAUGCUACGCAUUAUAG